AUGUCCAUCCCGCCGGCAGCAAAGGGAACAAGGGCUGGAGGAGCCUCUGGUCCACCUGGAGCAAGGGAUGAGGCUCCCGCUUCCCCGGGCUGGGAAGUAGGCGGCACAUCCCGGUCCCGGCUGUGCUGCCCCAUUGGAGAUGCCCAUCGGAACCACGGCAGGAAAAGCAGCUUCCGGCCCAAGCAGCAUCUGGAGCACUUGGUGGAGAAGCUGAAGCUCCUGGCUCUGGAUGGAGGCCGGGAAGGGCCGGAGCAGCUCUGCUCAUGGCACAGGAUCCCAUGGGAUGCGAAGGCCUCUGGCUCCAGCCGUGAUGGACCAAGGGCUUGUGGAGGUGCCACCGCAGAGGAAUCCCCACGGGAGGACAAAGGCAGCUCCAUGAACCAGGUUAUUCCUUUCCGGAUCAUCUCAAGGGGUUUCUGGGAGCUCCUCGGGAUCAUGGGCUUGGAGCCGGCUCGGGAGUUCCCUAUAGUUGGGGUUUAUCCUCAUGGGAAUAACUGGGGAGACCCAGACAAGAAUAACCCCAACUUUGGGGCUAAACCCGGGAAUAUGGAGCAAACACAGAAGGAUCUGGAGACGCUCCGGAAGCACCGGGAAGCGCUUUGGGACCUGAAGGCGAGCGGCGAGAGGCGGUGCCGGGAUUACCUGGCACGGACGGAGCUGCAGGGGCAGGCGCUGGCGGCGGAAUUCCGGCGGCUGCGGCGCUUCCUGCGGGAUCGGGAGCUGCGGGAGCUGCUGCGGCUGCGGGAGCUGCAGCGCCAGGCCAGGGCCAGGCAGGGGCAGGAGGACGCCAGGAUCCGGGGGGAGCUCGGGCUCCUCCAGGCGCUCAUCGGCGCCAUGGAAAGGCAGCUCGAGGGAGCCGGGAGCGUGUUCCUGCAGGGUGCCCGAAGCGCUGUGGACAGGUACGUGCUCCUCCAGCACCCGUGUCCCAUGGGAAGGCUCAUGGGCAUCAUUCCCAUGGGAAGGCUCGUGGACACCAAUCCCAUGGGAAGGGGCGAUGGGAGCCAAGUGUCCACAGGGAGCUGGUCGGCAUCUCCAGCUUGGGAUACAGGGAUACUGGGGACAACCAGCUGCGCCCCAUCCCCACAGGAUGUGGGGGUCAGGAGGGUCGGUCCCAGCCCCACAUCUAAGGUCGCGUCCAGGUUGGAGAUGGGCAAUUCCCGGAGGAUAACAGAGACCUUCCAGGACCUGGAGCAGAAGCUCGAGGUCAUCUCCCGACAGAACCGUGUCCUCAUGGAGGCGCUGGGCACAUUCCAAGACACUUUGCCGUCGGAAGUGGAGAAGGAGCAAGGAGCAUCCCCGGGAGCAGAUGGAGGAGGUGAGGAUCUCUGCAGAAGCGGCUCCAACAAAGGCGCUUCCUUUGGCAGGGAGAGGGUCUUCCCCUUCUUCCAGCUGGGGAAGGGAUCCCGCCUCCGCCUCUAUGUGGCAGCAGCUGCGCCCAAAAGGGACCUGGCAGCGGUGGGAUUCGAACCCACGCCCCCGAAGAGACUGGAGCCUUAA